GCCAGUUUCCAGGUGUGAUGAAUAUAGUACAGCUUGGGCAGCAGGUGCUGUCGUUUUACUCAUAAUACCAGCGAUACCUUUUGGAAAUUCAUGACUUAACCGCGAUUUAAUCCAGACUGACAGUGCGUAUUCAACAAAACAAAGAGAUGUCUUUCUGUUGAGUUUGGGACUUAUGGAAAACAACUGCAACCAUGAGGAGGAACAAGCAAUGGGACGUGAACAAAGCCAUGCUACUGUCCAGGCUCUUUCACUUCCUGCAUUGCGCUGGGAAGGCAUGUGUCAUCCCCUUUCUCACUCUCUAUCUCAGACAUCUUGGACUGACUGCUUCCCUGACUGGCAUCAUAAUGGGCACUAAGCAUUUCAUUAACCUGGCCUGGGCUCCGCUAAGCGGUUACUUUGCCAAGCACUACAACAAACGAAGGGUAGUAAUACUGAGCUCACUGCUGUGCUCCAUAGGAGCAGGGCUUCUCCUGUUACUCAUUCCACCGGCAAACAGUGCAGCAAUGAGCAGGUACUGCAAUAUCAGUGCAUUUGCUGGGUUUGGGUUGCCAAAAACUGCAGAAGACACAAUAAACAAUAGCCAGUUAGGAAACACUGCUGUGACUGUACAUACCUUCACAACCCUUAUAUCCCCUACAGCACUCACUUUAAUAAAUACAAAACACAUUGCAACUGCAGGAGCAGGUCAGACACUUAAUGAUGCAAUAUCAGCCACCGCUGCUGCAAGUAAACUAAUCGCUCACCGACAAUUCCAUAGGGAAAAUCACAAGAACGAAGAAGGGGCUGCUAUUCCAGAUAAUUCUCAUUCAAAAAGAUCACUCAGGUCAAAAUCUUUAAAAACUGGCUCAGCACAUGGGCAAAAAGCCACAGAUGUCGUUCUGGAGGUCCAGCGCCAGCUUUUUUUCCUAGUCCUCAUGGCUGUAGCUCUGUGGGAGGUCCUCGCCGCCCCUUUGGAAUGGACUGUGGAUGAUGGCCUGUACGAGUACCUGGAUUUUGUGGAUGCAACUGACGGUUACAGCCGGCAUUGGAUCUGGGGGUACCUGGGGGCGGCAUGCAGUGCCUGUGGCGUGGGUCUUUUGGUAAGCAACCUGGACUGCUUGCUAAAUGUCCAUAUUCACCGGAGCUCAGUCCAUUUCUAUUGCUACGCUAUUCUGAUUACAUUAACGCUUCUCACGGGCACCUUCUUGCCAAUUCAUGUCAACAGGAAACAGGAGAAGACAAACAAAGUUCUUAAAGCUCUGCACCUCAUCAGCAAUGAGGGCAGAGCCACGUUGUGCGCGCUUACCGCCUUUAUUGUUGGCGUAGUCGGCUCUACCGUUGAAAAUUACCUCUUCUGGCAAAUGCAGGACAAAGGCAGUAGUGAGUUCUACAUGGGAGCCUCGAUAGGAAUCACGCUGUUUGCUGAGAUUCUGCUGUCCUUCUUCAGUCACAGGAUCCUGAAGACUCUUGGUCAGAGUGGGACCGUAGCACUGGGGAUGUUUUGCAUGGCGGUCCAGUGUCUCUACUACUCCUUCCUCUGGUCUCCAUGGUCUGUGUUGCCUAUUCAGUCUUUGAAUGCAUUUAGUAAUGGAGCCCUGUGGUGGGCUCUGAAUGCCCAAUGUGAAGAUGUUUCCACCCCAGGAAUGGAGAGAUCUGUUCAAAGGGUUUUUCAAGCGCUCUCGCUCGGCCUCGGCGCUGGAAUUGGCAGCUUGGCGGGUGGCUUCGUUGCCAGCAGGUUCAGCUUAGAGGUGCUUUACAGGGCGGCAGCAGUUGUUUUGGUAAUCUGGUCAGUUGCAUUCCUGAUAGUACAGUCCAGGAUUCCCAGGCAGAAGAGGGUUAACUACUCCCAGCUUUUAGCAGCUGACAACACUGACCUUAGUGAUACAGAGACGGAUCAGGAGAGAGACUGGCUGGUUAAAGCCAUGAAGGACGAAAAAGAGAAUAACAGCUGGUAAAGACUGGAUCAGUAGUGUUUACCUGUGCACUGACAGACAGGGAGCACAGGAUUUGGAAGGGUUAAAAGCAUUUUGGAAAGUAAUUGAAAAUCGAAAGCUUGCCUCUACAAUUAUGGACCAAAAAAAUGUGCCUUGAAGAUCAGAAUGGGGUGAUGGGUCUAUUAUUGAUAAGUGAACAGUAACUAGUGAUUGCUUGUUCAACUAACUGGCUACCUGCUGUGGUAAUUUGAAGGUUACAGGUAUGUUAUUCAGCAUGGUGCUGGAGCACAUGGAUAACUGUGUAUUUGCAUAAUGCCUACAGGGGAGUAUUAUGCUUUAUUACUGACAGUGGUGCACAGAGACUAGGUCUACACUCACAUUGCAAAAUGCAUAAUAAAAGAUCUGACACUACAGAAAAUAGAAAGUAUACAUUUUAAAGACAUUAAGCACACAAAACACUUUCACAGGGAUUUCAAAGACAGUUUACAUAUAAUCUAUAUAGUUAUUUCUCUGUUUUAAUAAAGUCAAAUCCCAGUUCAAUCACAGUAAUGGUGGAGACACUAAAACAAGAGUACGGGCCAAGUUAUGACAUAUACUGCAUGCCAGUGAUUUGGUUGUUGUAGGCUGAAGCACCACACCCAGAGAUAAAGAAUUGUUGGUACAAUCUCAGGUAAUUAGUUGUUCUUGUAAUGCUUUUUAAAAAGCUUGUUACAGGGUAUGGAAAUAAGACUUGCAUUGCAAAGCAGUUUCAUGCA